GCGCGCUGGGCCUGCCCCGCCGCUCUGCCCCCCGCGCGCCCCGCGCCCCGAGUCCGCGGGCCAUGGGAGCCGGUCGUCUGCAGGGACCGCGCCUCUGAGACCCACGAGCGGCCACCGGAGCCAUGCGGAGCGAUCGCGCCCGCAAGGGCGGAGGGGGCCCGAAGGACUUCGGCGCGGGACUCAAGUACAGCUCGCGGAAGGAGGACAUGAACGGCUUUGAGGAAGGCGUGGAGUUCUUGCCCGUCAACAACGCCGAGAAGGUGGAGAAGCGCGGCCCGAGGCGCUGGGUCGUGCUGGCGGCCGUGCUGACCAGCCUCGCCGUGGUUUCGCUCAUAGUUGGCUUCCUGGUGUGGCACUUCCAGUACCGGGAUAUGCGGGUCCAGAUGGUCUUCAACGGCUACCUGAGGAUCACAAACGAGAACUUUCUGGAUGCCUAUGAGAACUCCAACUCCACUGAGUUUGUAAACCUGGCCAAAAAGGUGAAGGAAGCGCUGAGGCUGCUGUACAGCACAGACCCUGCCCUGGGCCCCUACUACAAGGAGUCAGCCGUGACGGCCUUCAGCGAGGGCAGCGUCAUCGCCUACUACUGGUCGGAGUUCAGCAUCCCGCCGCACCUGGUGGAGGACGCCGAGCGCGCCAUGGCGGAGGAGCGGGUGAUCAUGCUGCCGCCACGUGCGCGGUCCCUCCACUCCUUCGUGCUGACCUCGGUGGUGGCCUUCCCCACUGACCCCAGAACAUUACAGAGGACCCAGGAUGACAGCUGCCGCUUUGCCCUGCACACCCGCAGCGGGGAGCUGACUCGCUUCACCACGCCCGGCUUCCCCGACAGCCCCUACCCAGCUCGUGCCCGCUGCCAGUGGGCCCUGCGUGGGGAUGCCGACUCGGUACUGAGCCUCACCUUCCGCAGCUUUGACGUCGCAUCCUGCGACGAGUAUGGCAGUGACCUGGUGAUGGUGUAUGACACCCUGAGCCCCAUGGAGCCCCACGCCCUGGUGCAGCUGUGUGGCACCUACCCUCCGUCCUACAACCUGACCUUCCUUUCCUCCCAAAACGUCCUGCUGGUCACACUGGUAACCAAUACUGAGCGGCGACAUCCUGGCUUUGAGGCCACCUUCUUCCAGCUGCCAAAGAUGAGCAGCUGCGGAGGCCACUUACGUGACGCGCAAGGGACAUUUAGCAGCCCCUACUACCCGGGCCACUACCCACCCAACAUCGACUGCACGUGGAACAUCGAGGUGCCCAACAACAAGAACGUGAAGCUGCGCUUCGAAGUCUUCUACCUGCUGGAGCCCAACGUGCCCCUGGGCACCUGCCCCAAGGACUACGUGGAGAUCAACGGGGAAAAGUACUGCGGAGAGAGGCCCCAGUUUGUGGUUACCAGCAAGAGCAGCAAGAUCACCGUUCGCUUCCAUUCGGACCAGUCCUACACGGACACCGGGUUCCUGGCCGAAUACCUCUCCUAUGACUCCAGUGACCCGUGCCCCGGGAAGUUCACGUGCCACACGGGGCGGUGUAUCGAGAAGUCGCUGCGCUGCGACGGCUGGGCCGACUGCACCGACUACAGCGACGAGCUCGACUGCCGGUGCAACGCCUCCCACCAGUUCACGUGCACCAACAAGUUCUGCAAGCCCCUCUUCUGGGUCUGCGAUGGCAUGAACGACUGCGGGGACAACAGCGAUGAGCUGACGUGCACUUGUCCAGAUCAGACCUUCAAGUGCUCCAACGGGAAGUGCCUCCCAGAGAGCCAGCAGUGUGACGGGAAGGACGACUGUGGGGACGGCUCAGAUGAAGCCACCUGUGUCAGUGUGAGAGUGGUCAGCUGCACCACACACACCUAUCGCUGCCAGGACGGGCUCUGCGUGAGCAAGGGCAACCCCGAGUGCGACGGGACAGAAGACUGCAGCGAUGGCUCGGAUGAGAAGGACUGUGACUGUGGGUUGCGGUCGUUCAGCAAACAGGCCCGGGUCGUCGGGGGCACGGACGCAGAGGAGGGCGAGUGGCCCUGGCAGGUGAGCCUGCACGUCCUGGGCCAGGGCCACGUCUGUGGGGCGUCGCUCAUCUCCCCCAACUGGCUGGUGUCCGCAGCCCACUGCUACAUUGACGACAAAGGAUUCAGGUACUCCGACCCGAAGCAGUGGACGGCCUUCCUGGGCCUGCACGACCAGAGCAAGCGCAGCGCCCCGGAGGUGCAGGAGCGCAGGCUCAAGCGCAUCGUCCCCCACCCCUCCUUCAACGACUACACCUUCGACUACGACAUUGCGCUGCUGGAGCUGGAGCAGCCAGCCGAGUACAGCUCCGUGGUGCGGCCUAUCUGCCUGCCCGACGCCUCCCACGUCUUCCCGGCGGGCAAGGCCAUCUGGGUCACAGGCUGGGGGCACACCCAGCAGGGAGGCACCGCGGCGCUGGUCCUGCAGAAGGGCGAGAUCCGCGUCAUCAACCAGACCACGUGCGAGAAGCUCCUGCCGCAGCAGAUCACGCCCCGCAUGAUGUGCGUGGGCUUCCUCAGCGGCGGCGUGGACGCCUGCCAGGGUGACUCCGGGGGCCCCCUGUCCAGCGUGGAGGCGAACGGGCGGAUCUUCCAGGCCGGCGUGGUGAGCUGGGGGGAAGGCUGUGCGCAGAGGAACAAGCCAGGCGUGUACACGAGGCUCCCUGUGUUGCGCGCCUGGAUCAAAGAGCAAACUGGGGUGUAGGCGCAGGGGCCGCCCACCCCAACGUGCACAUCUCUGGGGCCACCGGACACACCUACCUGCAGGGCCGCUCACCGGGCACGCCAACAUGCACACCUGCAGGCUGCCUGGACCGCUUACUGCAUCCCUGCCUUGGGCCCCCAGAACCCAGACUGUGAACGGCAUCCCCAGGACUGCGUGCCGGAGAGCCCGCCCCCGACUGAGCUCCACAGCGGGGCUGGGGCUGAGGAGGGGAGGACACUGGUGGUGCUGGUGGCCCAGCUGGGGACAAAGGUUUGCAGACACAGCCUCCCCCUGCAGCCCCAAGCUGGGCCAGGACUCUUCCCUGCAGAUGUGCUUCCUCUGUCUCCAAGGAGCAGCCGCAGCCAGCUCCCGGGACUUCCUGGGUGGAGGUGGGGCUGCAGGCUCCGGGCAGUGGGGUCCUGGGGUCACACUCAUCAGGAAACCCAGGCACGAAGAACCUUGGGAAACAGGCCUAAGAUUGGAAUUGUUUCACCGGCCCCCAGGGUGGGCUUCAGUGUGUGUGUUUGUGUA